UGUGGUCCCGCCCCGUUUCCGGUUGCUAUUGUAUUACACUUCCAUGUUUUUCUCCUUUAACAACAACGCUAAUGUGAACUCCACCGUGGAAACUGUGACUUCUGAGUGAUUUUCUCUGACGCGCUGAGUCAGUUGUGCGUGUGCUCACGUCGCCACAGGCAGCAGAGACACAGAAACGCUGCGGGGAGCAAACAUGGCCAGCUGUGUGGCUUUUCAGAGCAAGUUAACCUCGAUCAUGGAGAAGCUAGCUAAAGCCGCAGUGUUGGAAAUCAGCAGAGUGUGGGAGGACGGCUUCGCCCUCUUUCAGGCCGAGCUCUGCCGCAGACAGAGCGAAAUCGAAGCACUGAACAAAAAGUUGAUGCUGAUGGAAAACGAGCGGCUGGCUGUUCUGCCUCUGGCUCAAACUACAAACCUUCCCACAUCAUCAUCAUCAUCAUCAUCAUCAUCUUCAUCGUCUUCCAAGAGAGAGCAUCACAACAAACUGCUGCCGCCUACUGGUGAUGGACUCAUUAUAGAUUCAGUUCAGACAAUGGGUUCUGAUGCUAGUGUCAGAGAGAAGGCGGACAUCCCAGCAAACCACACACCACCACCACAAUCACAACCACCACCUGCUCAGACAGAAGAGAAGCAGUGUGAGCAGCUCAAGUCCAACCAUUGUAGAAGGGACGACACAGACGAUGAGGACUUAAUUGUCAAACUCGAAGACGAGGACGACGUCCAAAUUGUGGAGCAAAUGGAGGAAUCCGAUAGUAGUGGUAACGAUGGAGCCGGUCACCAUGAGAUGGACACUAACCAGCAACCUGCUGGGGUCCUGGAAGAAAGAGAGGGCCAGCAGUGGACGUCUGUCUUAGUGGGGGACAGCGACACUAACGACACCUCGGACUGCCUUUUUGAACCAAAGCAGCUGUCACAAAGUCUGGACUCGGAAAUCCUGCUCAUUCAAAAUGCCUUGGACAUUUAUGACAGCUCGGCAGAGACAGCAUAUUCCGACAGAUUCAUGAGAGACAGUGGACAAGGUGCAUCGAGCAAAUCAAGGCCUUCUUUGACUUUCACCCAGGGUCAGCCAAGUCAAGCAAUAAAUCCUUUAGAAGCAAUAAAUCUCCCAGAGAGAGGACUGUCCAUCAGAUUCCUCUCAGAGAAACAUGCACAAACUAAAAACAUGUCGGCUUUUAACUCUGACAGCAGAUUAUUCCUCUUAAAUGACCCAGAGUUUCAUAAAGCUAUGGCGAGCCACCGCAUUAAGGAGAAAUGGUUCAUCUGCCCAUUCUGUGGGAAAAGCUUUGAUCGCGUCAGCCAUCUGGAGAUACACGAGCGGAUUCACACAGGAGAGAAACCGUACACAUGUGAAGUUUGUGGCAAAUGUUUUUCUCAGAGGAGUAACCUUCGCACUCACCAGCGGACUCACAGAGAAAUGAUGUCCCAAAAUGUAGUCUGACUUCACAGAUUCUGAGUUAUCUGUGUGGCAUUAAUGUCUAACAAAUUCUGUUUGUAUUUUGAUAUUAUUGAAAAGUGAUGUAGCUGACUGACUAGUACUGUGCAAUAUCUUUCUUUUUAAACUGUAUCGCUGACAUACCUAGGAUUGGUCAUAUUUUUUACUUGAUAAAUCUUUGUACAUCCAAAACAAGCAGAGGCACCCAGCUCCAAUAAUGAAGUUUUCAUAUCCUUAAAUUCCAAUGUGUAGGAUUCAGGCAAAUCUAGUGGAAGCAAUUCAAUAACUUUACAGAGGGAGCAGGUCGCAUUUUUGUUACCUGUAGGUCACCCGAAGUCUGCAUCCUCACCACUAGAUGUCAUGAAACCCACAAAUUGACUGUUUAAGGUCCAGUUUUAUGGGGAAAUAUGAACAAAAAAUAAAUAUAUUUAUAUUAAUGGUGGUUUAAUUUAUUAUCUAUUUGUAUCAUUUAUUUAUUUUUUACCUGAAAGCCACUUUAGUUUCUCAUACGCAGUCACACUAGAUGCCGUUAGAUCCUAAAUACCAGUCCUUAUAGAAAAGGACCCAAAUUGUUCUGGCUCUGUUGGAUUGAGUUAUUGUGGAUCUUAAUUUGUUUCUUCUCUGAUAUAAAUUUAAGCAUAGACUUCUCAACUAGUCUAGUAAGUAAGUAAAAGUAAGAAAACACACAGAUUUUUAUGUGUGGCUCAAAUGAACAGUGCUGGCAUCAGCAGCAGGUUAACUAACAUCCACAUGUCUGUUAUGAAUGUGGGUAUGCGUCACUCCAGUCAAGUGGUUAUUAUGCCAGUUUAAUCUGGUCCAGCCUACAUAUUCACACCACUGGCCUUAAGAAGGCUAAGACAAGAUCUGACCCACUUUACACAUUUGCUUUGUUUACCACAUGUGAGCAUUAGUGCAGGAACAGUGAGCCACUGUCUCAUGGGAAUUGAACCCAGACUAGUAACAAGUGGCUGCGUAGUGCAAAACAUUUUAAAUGCAACAGUACACCAACAUUGCACACAGAUGAAAAGUGAACUAGAGUGCACUCCACUAUCUCGCGCAAGUAACAAUCUUUUAAACAAUUCUGAUUCCAGAUCACAACUAAAAUAUAAUCGUUUAUUUCCUGGCCUGUAAUCUAAAUCCUCAAAUGUAGUCAAAAUAAGCUUUUUACUUUUUGAAUAAGAGGCAACAUUUACUUUAGAGUAUUUGAGGUGGCAACUACAAUUUUUGAUUAUGAUCUCAAUUUAUGUCAGAAUUAAAGUUUGAGAAGCCAGUAAAUUGUCAUUUUUCAACUUGUUAACAGACAGAAAACACUGUAUACACAUUAUAUUGAUAUACAUCGAUUGAUUUAGCUUUUAUGUUGAUAUUGAACAAAAUUCAAAUGGGAUAAUUACGGAUUUUUCGUCCAGCUGUAUCUAGACAGGUCAAUUUAUCUUCUCCUGGCCCUGAUUAUUCAGAAUGAACCCACACAAGAUUACAUCACUUUCAUAAACCUGUGCGUUGUUCUGGUACUACUGUGGAAACUAUAUAUCUUGUUACAUUAUCU